AUGAUCCUUAAACUGACUCUAUUAAUCUCUAUGUUACCAACGGUCUUCGCUGGCAAACCCUGUUGUUUCGAUUUCGGGCUCCCAUUUCAUGUCUCCUUGCCCGUUCCUCAAUUGAAUGUGACCGAGUUCGGUAGUAGCUACGACUCGACUGUCUUUCUCACUGCCUCAGUCACACGAAACGCCAAUCUCAGCCUAUUAGCCUUGGGACAGACUGAGAUCAAUCGAGACUUUGAUAUCCACUUCCGGUACUGUGAGCCAGAGAAUGUUGAUCACAAAAACGGUGUUCUGCAGAUUUUAUCACAAGGCGUGGGCUUUGAUAAAUCUUAUUGGAGCUUUGGAAGUGAAGAAUACAACUACAUUGCCUCCGCGACCAAGGCUGGAUACGCCACCCUCUCCGAUGAUCGUCUAGGUGUCGGCUACUCCGAGAAAGCAGAUCCAUCUUCUGAGAUUCAAGUUAUCUUGGUUCGUAAAGGCCAACUUUUAGACCGAAUUCCCGUCCCUAAGAAAUUGGUGCACAUUGGCCACAGUUUCGGCUCCUUGAUCACGAAUGGUCUGGCCGCGACGCAACCUUCGCUGUCUGCUGGUAUUGUUCUCAUUGGUUUUACUCACAAUACCUCUUGGGUAACUCUGUUUGAGCUAUUCCUAGGGUUUGAAGUGGCAAGGCCAAGCAACCCAGCUCGGUUCCAUGGCUAUAACAGUGGUUAUCUGACCUGGGGUAACGAGUAUGAUAAUCGGUGUGCCUUUUUCACUCUUCCGUUUUUCGAUCCUGCUAUUCUCCUACAUGCGGAGGCUCUUAAGGCCCCAUUUGCAAUUUCCGAGCUAUUGUCUUUUACAAGCGUGCCUUUGGCUGCUGGCAAUUUCACUGGCCCUGUACAUGUUCGGAAGGGAAUGGACGAAUGCUUAUAUUGUCAAUAA